AAGGCGGAGCUCAUCUUCUCAAACUUCUGCUCUCAAAGUUGAAGGACGCAUUGCUAUUUUUUUUUUUCAGAUAAUGUCGUCUUUAAAUCCGCUUUUUUAUCUAGGGUUCGUGCUCCUCUUGUCAAAGCUAAAUUUCUGCGUUUUCGGACAAAAUUUAACCGAGGAAUUUGAAGAAAAUGAGGAAGAGACGACCCUCACGACACCACGGGAACUGGAGCAAGAAUCUUUGGAAAAACUCACGAAAUCAGUCCGAGGAUUUUGAAGAUUUUGUCCAAUCGAAAAGUGUAAAGUUUGUGGCUCUGGACGGCGCCGGCAAAGAGGAAACAGAUUUUGAAUUUAAUAUUUUUGAAGCGGACAAGCUGGAGUUCCCAAAGUUACAAGUCCAAAAAGCUGUUUACAAGGUGAUGUUAAAGUCUGAGCAGAGAGAACCUGUUCCGGCCGACAGUGUGGAGGUGAACUGUGGCGAGGACGAAAUCACAAUCGACGUCAAACAGAACUUUUUAGGAAAUGGUCAGCAGAUCCUCCCUCCUGACCUCACACUGGGACACUGCCCCCUGGUGGCCGUGACAGACGACGUUUUACACUUUAAAUCCUCUUUGCAAAGCUGUGGGAGCACGAUGACGCUGUCAGACGAGGCCCUGGUGUACAGUUUCUCGCUGUUGUACAAACCGUCUCCCAUCGGAAACACGUUCAUCCUGAAGACCAGUCCUGCGGAAGUCCUGGUCGAGUGUCGCUAUCCCAGGAAGCAGAUUGUGAACAGUGAAGACAUGAGCCCCACCUGGUUCCCUGUGGCCGCCUACCAACUCUCAGACCAACAGAUCCAGUUCUCCAUGAGACUCAUGACCGAGGACUGGAGCUCGCCGAGGCCCUCUAGUGUUUACACGGUGAAUGACGUCAUGAACAUGGAGGUGUCCGUGUUACGGGGCCGACACAUCCCCGUCAGAGUGUUCGUGGAGCAGUGCGCGGCCACGGCGAAGACGAGUCCAGGUUCUGAACCCAGAUACGAGUUUGUCAACAAUUACGGAUGUUUUAUGGAUUCCAAACUCACAGGAGCGAAGUCUUUUUUUCUGCAGAGAAUCGAAGAGGAAAAACUGCACUUUAUACUACAGACGUUCAGGUUUAGACAACAGCUCGGAAACUCUAUGUACAUUACGUGUAAACUCAAAGCCACGUCUGUGUCUGUGCCCAUUGACUCCGAACACAAAGCCUGCUCCUUCUUAAACGAGGCCAACAGGUGGGUGGCUUCAGAGGGAGAUAAUAACGUUUGUUCGUGUUGUGAAAGCAGCUGUGGAGGAAAAAGGAAAAGAAGAAGCCACAGAGAAGAGAGUUGUAAGAAAUCUUUGCAAUGGGAAGAAACGGCUGUUCUGGGUCCAAUCAUUUUUAAAACGAGGGAUGACGACUUUUCGGACUUGAAAUCUGACGUUACUGAAGCUCCCCCGUCUGUGUCUCUGGUCGUGCUUUGUGGAGCAGGAGUGGUUCUGUCCGUUAUUUUGUUGUUGUUAUUAGUGGCGAUUACUGUCAACAAAAUGCACAAAUCUCACCUGUACCAUGUCUAUGUUUAAAAAUACUAAAUUAAAAGUAUAUUUUUGAAGUA